UAACCAUCAGAUCUCUAACGUUUCUGUGUCACUUGUGUGAGGUGUUAGCCGGUGGCAGUAAAAUCACAAGAUAACCCUCCACUGAAUUACAUUUAUUUAGGCUAAUGUGCGGUCGAAGGACGCGGCAAACGACGAAUCUGCUGGUUUUUUGUUUUGCAAUGUUUGAAACAAUAAUGCGAAUGUUUUGCGCCGCACAGGUGCAGGCAUAAAUCUGCAUGGUAAUUCUUCGGGCCGAAGAAUGCGAAGAUGCGUUAAAAAUCAAUUCGAUAAUAAACACUCGACGAAGGCAAACAGGUCGUGAAAUAAGAUAAACCUUGAGCAUAUUAACAUAAGGUGAAAAUAAUGAUGAAAGUUGUGAGCAAAGGUCUCAGUAUUGCAGUCCAGCAUGUUGAGUGACACAGACGUUGAAGACCACUAUAGUCCGUCUGUGCGGCUGAUCACUCUUGAGAGAAAUGGCUCCAAUUGCGGAUUCCACCUAACCAGGAGCAAAUGGGACCCCUAUCCGUGGGUCAACUCUGUCGAGGAUGGCACAGCUGCCGACUCCGCGGGCGUCAAGCCCGGGGACUGCCUGCUGGAAGUCAACGGCGAGGAUGUCGUGGGCCAGAGGAUCAGUGAAGUGGCCGAAAUAGUGAAAUCAAAGCCCAAUCAAGUUUCACUUUUGUUGUGGAAUGCCGGUGUCGAUCCUCAGUGUACGCCCGAGGCAGUUUGCUGCGGACCCAUGCCAACGAACCUCCAGCGCUUGUCUGCAUGCAUGUCUACGAUUCUUGCGUUUUUGGAGUGUCCAGUCUGCCUAGACACAAUCCCUCCACCCACCUACCAGUGCGAAAACGGCCACCUGAUUUGCAUACGCUGUAGGGCGAAGUCCGAGAGGUGCCCCAUCUGUCGCUUAAGAUUCAGCAGAGGUAGAUCAUUACUAGCAGACCAGGUCUACAAUGCGUUGGUUGACGCCUUCAACCUGCGGGAAGAACCAGACGACAGUCGGACCGCGAAAAUGCAUCAGAUUUUCAAAAUGAAAACCAAGAAAAACGUGCCUGAUAUCAAAGUGACCCCGUCCCACACAACGAAAUUUUUGGCCCGACUUGUCGGAAAAGCGAGCUCGGUUGAUAAUCUGUCCGGAAGCGCAAAUGAUAGUGACUUUAAUCUGAGGACAAAGUCGCUCUCAAACCAGGAAAUUUUCGACGCGGGGAGUCCUUUGGUGUCACGGACGAACUCCGUGAACAGGAUGAGCCGAAAUGAGAAAAACCAAAAUUAUCUCAACCCAAAUUUUCGCUCAGUGUCGUGUCACGGCUCCUUUGAGUCGUUGCACAACGCCGGUGAAGACAUCGCUUUUUAUUGCCCAUUCGCGCCGGGAUGUACGUCCCUAAUUAAAGGAAAAAAAGUAAUCGAGCACUUCCAGUUAAGCCACGACGGACCGUUAGUACACUAUUUCAAAUCGCAAAUAACAAUCGAGUUUAGCAAAAUUUUGGAAGAGCAAGACUUGUGUUACGUUAUCCAACUUCAGCAAAACACGUUUUUCCUCAAAAUUGAGAACAGUUCCGAAAAUGUACUUCUCUGGACUUGGGUUCUAGAAAACGGAAAUGUUGCAAAAGAAUUCGACAUGCACGUCAAGGUGUUAAUUGGGGAAACACACGACGUUAUAAUAAGUGUUAGAAAUAACGUGUUUUCACUCAACUGCACUUCAUACCAAGAGAUAAAGGGGCUAAAAAAAGGUUUACUUGUUAAUACUCGGGCCAUAAAUGGCGCGAUAAAUGAUGUUAUUUUUGAUAUAGCGAUUUUAAAAAGUGACGUAUGAGCUGUGAUAUUGUUUCUAAUUUAUAAAUAUUUAUUUGGAGAUAUUGUUUGUUUGAAUUCGUUAAUAAUAAAACGGUUUUUUCGA